CACAAACAAACCCGUGAAGAAAUUUCACUACAGCUCCGAUGCACUACUAACUUCCCUCCCUACCCCUCAAUCAUGACCCUAAUUACUAACAAUGCCAUUCCUCGCUCCCAACACGCUCGCCUCCCUGGUCGAAUCCGCCGUGUCGACGCAUUCCCCUCUGCUGGGCCGGGCGGCGCAUGCCCACAUGAUCAGAACCCUCGGAGCGUCUCUCCCCUCCUUCCUCUCCAACCACCUCGUCAACAUGUACUCCAAACUCGACCUCCCUGACUCAGCCCAACUCAUCCUCCGACUCAGCCCAUCUCGCUCAGUCGUCACCUGGACCUCCCUUAUCGCCGGUGCUGUCCAAAAUGGCCAUUUCGCCUCCGCUAUCCUCCACUUCUCUAACAUGCGCCGCGAGUCCAUCCAGCCCAACGAUUUCACCUUCCCUUGCGCCUUCAAGGCCUCGGGUUUGCUGCGGUUGCCUGUCACCGGAAAACAGCUCCAUGCGCUAGCUGUCAAGGCCGGGCAGAUAUGCGAUGUCUUUGUUGGGUGCAGCGCUUUUGAUAUGUACUGCAAGACGGGUCUCCGAGACGAGGCUCGGAAUGUGUUUGAUGAAAUGCCCGAGAGAAACCUUGCGACGUGGAAUGCGUACAUGUCGAAUGCGGUGCUUGACGGGCGGCCGCUAAAUGCGGUUUACAAGUUUAUUGAGUUUCUGCGGGCGGGUGGGGAGCCUAAUUCGAUUACGUUCUGUGCGUUUCUCAAUGCAUGUUCGGAUACAUCGAGUCUGGAGCUCGGGAAACAGUUACAUGGGUUUGUGAUGCGAUGUGGGUUUGGCAAAGAUGUGUCGGUUUUAAAUGGGCUUAUUGACUUUUAUGGGAAGUGCCGGGAGGUCGGGUGUUCAAUGACGGUUUUUGAUGGAAUUGGUCAGCGGAAUGAUGUUUCUUGGUGCUCUAUGGUGGCUGCGUGCGUGCAGAAUGAUGAGGAGGAGAAUGCAUGCGAGUUCUUUUUACGGGCGAUGAAAGAAGGGGUUAAGCCGACUGACUUCAUGGUUUCGAGUGUUCUAAGUGCUUGUGCUGGAGUUGCGUGGCUUGAACAGGGUAGGUCAGUUCACUCGGUUGCAGUGAAGGCGUGUGUGGACGGAAAUGUAUUUGUUGGGAGUGCACUUGUUGACAUGUAUGGAAAAUGUGGCUGCAUAGAAGAUGCCAAGCGUGCCUUUGAUGAGAUGCCUUCGAGGAACUUGAUCACUUGGAACGCAAUGGUAGGUGCGUACGCACAUCAAGGGCUUGCCGAUAUGGCUUUGGCAUUUUUCAAGGAAAUGUGCACCCGAAGUCACGAGUUUAAACCAAAUUAUGUUACAUUGGUGUGUGUAUUAUCGGCAUGUAGUAGGGCAGGGGCUGUGCAAAUGGGGAUGCAGAUCUUUGAGUCAAUGAAAGCAAAGUAUGCAAUUGAACCAGGGGCAGAGCAUUAUGCAUGUGUUGUGGACUUGCUAGGGCGAGCUGGGAUGAUAGAGCGAGCUUACGAGUUUAUUACAAAGAUGCCAAUUCGGCCAACGAUUUCCAUUUGGGGGGCACUUCUUGGGGCUUGUAAAAUGUAUAGGAGUACAGAAUUGGGGAAGAUUGCAGCUGACAAGUUAUUUGAACUCGAUCCUAAAGACUCUGGCAACCACGUGGUGCUUUCUAACAUGUUUGCAGCUGCUGGCAGGUGGGAAGAAGCAACGCUUGUGAGAAAGGGAAUGAAAGAUGUUGGGAUCAAAAAGGGUGCAGGCUACAGUUGGAUCGCAGUUAAGAAUGCAGUCCACAUCUUCCAAGCAAAGGACACCUCCCACGAAAGGAAUUCGGAGAUUCAGACAAUGCUAAGUGAGUUAAGGAGGAAAAUGGACGAGGCUGGCUAUAUUGCCGACACCAAUUUUGCGCUGUUUGAUAUAGAGGAAGAAGAGAAAGUGUCGGAAGUUUGGUACCACAGCGAGAAGAUUGCGCUGGCGUUUGGACUCAUAUCCCUCCCUCCCGGGGUGCCUAUAAGGAUAACAAAGAACCUUAGGAUCUGUGGGGAUUGCCAUGGUGCAAUCAAGUUCAUUUCUGGAAUUGUAGGUAGAGAAAUUAUUGUGAGAGAUAACAAUCGGUUUCAUCGCUUUAGAGAUGGUCAUUGCUCGUGUAGAGAUUAUUGGUGAUAAUUUAAAAUUGUUCUAAUCAUUUAAAAAAAAAAUUCUACC